GCUUCGUCCGAACAGAGGCACAAUUCAACCAGGAGACAGGCUGGAAGUGGAAGGUUGUGGAAAUGGGGAGGAUACAGGUCUAAAACAACACGAGCAUUUUCAAAACGGUGUCGUUUUCACUGCAAACUAAAAGGUAUAAAAGAGUCGACCUCAUCAUCUUCAUCCACACCCCUUGUCGUCUACAACCUGUAGCGGUGAUUCUAGAUUCUCCUGCAACAAUGGCUCGAUCCCUCUCCCAAACCCUAGCCCUAACCCUAACGCGUCUCAGCCAUCCUUCUCUCCACCGCUCUUCGUCGCAGCUCCUCGCCUUCCGCUGCCGCUCCAACAGUCCCGAGAACAGAUUUCUCACCGAGAACGGAUUUCUUACCGAGCUCGAUCUCGAAGCCUCCGAUCCCGAUCUCGAGAUUCUGCGCAUCCUCAAGCUCGAUGACGCCAUCGAUCAGAUUCAUGUGAAGAAGGCGACGCCGGAUUGGCUGCCGUUCGUUCCCGGGUCGUCGUUUUGGGUGCCGCCUCGGGGGCGGUUUUCCGGUCUGGCUGAUCUAGUGGGGAAGCUGGCGUAUGUCUUGUCGGAGGACGAGGCCAUGUCGCUCACCACCGUCAGGGGGUGGCCGUCGUCGUCGUACUUCGUUAACGGUGCAUCUCCACAUUCAGAGGUGGAGACAACCUCCAAUAAUGCAUCCCAGUCUGAAGACGAGGAAGGCUGAGCCACGUCAUGAAACUAGCAGGGUGAGUGAGGUUCGGUCUUAAUAUUAACUUUGCUAAUUGCAUAUUUGUUUCCUUUAACUGGUGGUGGAAUCAGUGAAGUGAUAAGAAAUAAGAUACAUUAGAUAAAACUUAUUAAAAAAAAAAAAAAAUCGAGGUUUCUUUGUUCUGUGUGCAUGUGCUGAUGUGCCUCCCAAGUAAAAAACUUGCAACUAGUGGUUCCCAAGUUAACACACCUACAUCUAAGAAAUUAGGUUUAUGAGAUCUUUCCCAACAAUCUAAUUUGACCAUGUUUCCUUCCUAACAAACAUUUUAGGAAAGCAAGAAAAUGACGAAGAUCCAAAACCAAAAUUCCAUUAUAUGGUGAUUUUUGUUAGCACAAACAAUCCCCUAUUUGGUGCUCACCUAGUGCUUGGGGCAGCCCUCAAUCCCUCGUGUCUAGUUAAUCAUAGAUGGUGGGGUAGCUGAUAUUCACUUAAUAGUUAAUACACUACUCAAUCCCUGUUAGUUUCCUGGAAUCUCUACUUGCUAGGGGUUGACAUAUCCAUAGUGGUGAAGCUUAAAGUACAGCAUACCUAUAUAGUAUAACUUUUUGCCUUUGUAAUCUCAGAUGCAUGAUUUAUGUGUUUAUUUGAUUCAUGGGAGGCAUACAUCAAUGAUGGGAGUUUCCUGAUGGCACCUUUUGUUAUUCCUUCUUUGCCAUUCCACCGAAGCUACUGCAAUCAGUUUGGAAACAGUUUUCUAUCCUUCCAAUUAGAAAAUAUUUUUCUAACUCAGAAAACACAUUCUGGCAAACUAGAUGUUUUUUAGAACAACUUUGAGAUGUUUUCAAUUGUUUUUUUUAGAAUGUUCCGAGUAAUUAUUGAAAGUUUUAAAGAGUACUUUAAAAAGUCGUUGCAUUAUACAUCGGUGCACAAUACCUUCAUGAUGAGCUGAACAUAAUUUUGCUAUUGAAAACAAUUGAGAACUGUUUUUGAAACCAUUGCCAAAGAGGCUCUUAAUCUCGUAGCAUAAAUAGUUGAAAUCUUAUAAUCAACAAUUUAAUCAUUCUUGCCUAAAGGUUUGACUCAUGGGAUUUUGCAGGCUCACCAAAGCUUGUAAAUUCUAUGUAGAAGAAUGAUUUAAAAA